AUGCGCGCUUUAUUUCUGAUGAUUUUUCUGCCACAUGCGAUUGGUGCGUUGCGGGUGAUAACGGUAAUUGUGGGUGACAAUCCCUCGUCCGGCAUCCAGUUGACUGGGCCGGCAUUUGAUGUGGCCUUUGCGGACGCCAGUGCCAGAUUUGGUGGGAUUCUUGACAACAUCACACGGGUAACGGUGUAUCGACCAGGAGCUUUGUCCUGCGCUGGCGCCACCGAUAACAUUGCGAACGUGCUGGGUAACAUGACCAACACCAUUAUGGCGUCCACGGAACCAACGGUUCUAUUGUCCGCUGGAUGUAGUCUGGAAGUCCUGGUGUUUGGUGAUUUUGCGCGAGAGUGGAACCUGGCCUUGCUAGCAUCAAUGGCCGGUGAUGCGGCAUUUUCCAAUCGUGCCCGUUACGCCACCACACUGAUAAUGGGACCAACUGAUCAGGCAUCGCUCGCGCUGGGCACACACCAUUUUCUUGAUUUCUUUGGCUGGCGAACCGUAUCACUGUUAUGUGAUCGUCUAUCUAAGAACGUCGCAUCGACUGGAUUCAGCUCAAUAGCGUGCUCCACCAUCCAGAAGCGGCUGAUCAACGGUUCCGGGAAGUAUGUGGUGAACAUCCACGAUUUUGAUCCAGCUGACAACAAUAGUAGCUUCUCUGGCAUUCUGGAAAUGACGAAAUUACAAAGCAGAAGUAUGCCGGUUGCCCUGCGAGCAAUGAAAACGCUGAUCGUAGCCAACAAUUUGGCCACCAAUUGGACCAAAGUCGCUCAGAUUGUGGCAAAAAUGUCGGCGGUCGCGAAAGAAGUGUAUAACUAUACUUACCGGAAGGGAGAGAUAAACGAUUUAACAAUGGCGUCGUACGAAACCAUUAAUACAUUCGCGGAGGUCUACAGCAACAUGCUGAAUACAACCAUGGGCGCAUUUGAUAUGGACGGUCGUAGUUUUGUGAAAAGAUUUUAUAAUCGUUAUUUUGAAUACGAUUCUCGUGGAUUUUUAAUUAAUGAUCGAGGAAUUCGGACGAUUGACGUAAAUUUUUGGCGGAUGGAUAAUAGUUCGUUCACGGAAGAGCUGGCCUGGAAGUACUCAGUGAAAGAUGCCACGCUGCAUACAAUGUCGCCACAUCUGGCUGCGGCUUGGCCGGAAAGUGGAAAAAUCCCCACCGAUGUCCCUGAAUGUGGUUUUCUCAAUGACAAAUGCCUCGUGCCUAACUCAUACCUUUGGGAAAUCGGCACAGCAGCUGGCGUCGUUCUAGGACUUGGACUGAUUGCGUUUAGCAUUCUCCUGAAAAUUCUGUCGCUGCGUGCCAUAAGGUCACUUGCUGAUUGGUAUCUUUAUCCGUCGACGUUUCCGCUUACGCCGUUCCGUGACACUUCCGGAACCAUUAAGGAAAUUAACCUGGAUGAUGCGACAAAACACUGCGCUGAUCAUCUAUACAUAUAUGAGAAACAUCAGCUUAUUUGGGCAGAGUGUUUGCGUACAAGAUUAACCGAGACGCAGAUAUCGUCCAAACGCAAAAUCGUCGAUGCGCUACUAGAGGUCAGAUCACUGAGCCAAGACAAUAUUCAGAAACUUCGCGGGCUGUACAUGUGUAAUGAGGCUGUUAUGCUAAUCUGGGAUUUCGGGGCACGUGGGAUACUCCGAUCGCUAAUUGACAGCGAUCGAUUACUGCUCAGUCAUGAUAUCCGAGGAUCACUAUGCUGGGAUCUUAUAAAGGCCGUGCAGUACUUAAGAAAAAGCCGGCUUGGAUUUCAUGGAUCGUUAUGCAGCUUGAACUGCAUGGUGGAUAAACGGUUCUCUUUACAACUGGCUACGGCAGGCACCAGCAAGAUGCACCUGCGAUUAUUUGACACAUGCCAGCGCUACCAUUCACAGCUGCAUAAGUUCUGGCUGGCUCCAGAAGUCCUAGCCAAUCCACGGUUACCCGGAUCGCAUUCAGCAGAUGUGUUCGGUAUGGGUGUUAUCAUGGCCGAAGUGAUUACUGGCAAAACGCCAAUGGAUAUUGACUUUAAAUCAGUGACAAAACUUGAAGAGAAAUCGGAAGAAUUGCAGGCCAUAAUAAAAAAGAAGGUGCAGUAUGAGCGAAUUGCAGUUGGCACAAUACAAGUGCUACCAAUACGGUCACUGCUCUCGUCGAUGAUAAGACACCAUCCAUCGGAGCGGCCAACAAUUGAGCAAAUCAUGCGCAGUUUUGGGAGGACAUAUCGGCGUGCAAAUGUGGUCGAUAGCCUGAUCAAACGUUUGGAGAACUUCACUAACGAAUUGGAACAGCUGGUGCUGGCUCGGACCCAAGAGCUUUGGGAGGAAAUGAUUAAGGUGGACGAACUACUGUCUGAAAUUGUUCCAAGGUCAUUUGUUGCUAGACUUCGGAAUAAAACUGAAAUUCCACCAGAGAUCUUUGAAUCCAUUAGUCUUCUCUUCAGUGCUCUUCCUCAGUUUGCCGAAUUCUGUCAAACAUCAGAUUCAACUGAUGUUAUUCAUCUGCUUCAUGAUGUCUACGUUAGAUUUGAUUAUCUGCUGGAAAGUUUCGACGUAUACAAAGUGGAAACCAUUAAGGAUUCUUACAUGGUUGCCAGCGGUCUCCCUAUCAGAAACAAAUCGGACCACGUUAGCCACAUCUUGAACCUUGCGGUCGCUUUAAUGGAGAGCAAGCGGGAUAUUCAAUAUCCGACGUUGCCGGAAGGACUUUAUUUGCGAAUUGGUGUUCAUACUGGGUCCUGCGCAGCCGGUAUUGUCGGACACAAGAUGCCUCGAUACUGUUUAUUUGGAGACACUGUCAACAUCGCCAGUCGCAUGGAAAGCUCGGGCCUCGGUAAAGAUCAAUGCUCGUUCCGCAAAGGAAAAGGUCUAUGCGAAACAUUUUGGUUGACUUCAGCAUCCUGUUCCAGAAACUGCUAAAAAGCAUUGUCUUGAUGUGGCUUUGAGUCGUUAUGGCUUUGAGAAAAC